AUGCCUUCGAAGAACUCCCACCCACGGGAGAGUGAAUGUGCUACUGGUUCUUGCUCCAAAGGAUCGAAGUCGAAAGGCUCGAAGGGUUCGAAGGGGCAUGAACAUGGCCCUUCGUGCUCGAGAGAAAGAGAACCUAGUCCCGAGAGAAGGGUAAAUGAACACACGCCGUUGCUGCAACAGGUCCAGCAGGAGCAACGUUCGGGUCGUGAUCCGGGGGAGGAGUGUGAUACUGAUAGUCUUGAUGAGGAUGAACUCGAUUUUGCGUUUCCUCCAGAAGGAUAUAUCUUCACGGAGAUCAUCCAGUCCCCGUUCGAAUGGAUCUCUGAUGGCAUGGUCAUCGUUAUACGUGUCGUUAUUGCCAUGUGCAUGACAGGACUGCUGGGUCUCUAUUAUUAUAGGGAGAGGUGCCUUGGCAAUGGGAGGAUCUUUUUCUUCAGACUGAUUAAUAUCGUAUGGGCUACACAGUGUUUCUAUAUGUGGCUUGUUACUAUCUGGGCCGUGAUAAAUAGAUUUGCCGAGAGGAGUCUCCCUUUCCCUAGGCCCCCUCUACAUGCACAGACCAAUCUUCGUACCCGCCUACUCUCAUGUCUCAUGCGGUCUCGCUUUCUCCGCACAGGAUUCCGCUGCCUUUACACUACUGUCACCGCGAUCCCAUUUGCAUCGUCGUGCUUCUACCUCCUUAUCCUCCUGCCCAAUAUCAACACCCCGUGUUAUCCAUGGGUAGCACCCGAGUUUACCAUUGCCGUCGGUGCAUCUGUGAUUGCGUUCAUAGAGAUCUUUGUCCUAAACUCUAUUACUCCCGUACCAGGGCGGUUCUGUGGAAGACACUUUGAGCAGGCACUGUAUGUGGCUGUAUAUGCACUGCUAUACUCAACGGUGUGGACAAGGGUUGGGAAGUGCGUGGUAGAGUUUUUGCAUUGCUGCAAGUACUAUUGCUGUGGUUAG